AUGCAUUAAGGAUCAUUCAUCACCAACUCUCCUCUCGAAUAAUUGGAUGAUUUUAGGAGGGAAGUCAGAGGCAAAAUGAACCAUAUGAUUGACUAACCGAAAAAAGUAUAUUCUCAAUCAUCCAACCUUUAACAAUUGCUCAGACAGAGCAUCUCUCCCAAACAAGUCAAAAAUUAUGAACUCAAUAAAUCCCAAGAUCCCCCCCAUCACAUUAAUCAAAUCUCAAGCAGAUUAUCCUUUCAAAGAUCCAGUCUAGACUUAGGAAAGCCAACAUAAAAGUACAUUCCUUACUAUCCCAUUAGCAUACUCUACCCCAAAAUAUAAUUAUAAGAAAUACUACCCUUAAAUAAAAUAUUAGAAUUGCAACGGGCUAUCAACAACUAUAAUCACCCUACGAACAAUAGGUAUUUAUUUUUUCAAGAGUUAGUUAUUUUAUAGAACUUAAAAAACUUGCCAAAAUUGUUUUAAGGGAAACUUAAGGAUGA